AUGGCUCUACAGGAGCUGGGCAUCAGCCUAUCCAUGAUGGGUGUUGCCGGGACCAUCCUGAUCUGCGCUCUGCCCAUGUGGAAGGUGACAGCAUUCAUCGGCACCCAUCUGGUGGUCAUGCAGGUGUUCUGGGAAGGCCUGUGGAUGACCUGUGUCAGUGAGUACACGGGUCAGCUGCAGUGCAAGCUUUACGACGCCCUGCUGGACCUGUCGCCGGACCUCCAGGCAGCGCGCGGCCUCAUCUGCAUCAGCCUGGUCCUGGGAUGUUUGGGAUUCCUCAUCUUCCUCCUGGGAGCACGCUGCACCAACUGCCUGAGCCACCCGCGGAUUAAGGCCCGGGUGGUGCUGAGCUCUGGGGCCAUCUUCUGCCUGUCGUCCCUCACCACUUUAGUUGCUGUUUCCUGGACGGCCAACUCCAUCAUCAGUGACUUCCACGACCCCCGCGUCCCUGAGGUGCUGAAGAGAGAGCUCGGAGCAGCCAUAUAUAUAGGCUUUGUGACCUCUGGGUUGCUGUUCUGUGGUGGAGCCGUUCUGUGCACAAGCUGCCCACCACAGAGGGCCAGGUUCCCCUCCAGUGGGUACACACGGGGCAGGACCCCCACACACAGCAGCUAUGCCAUCAAGAACUAUGUCUGA